UCAGUGAGCCACAAAAAACCGACCCGACCGUACCGUACGAGUGCUGACUGCUUCCUUUGUGAAAUUGACUAACGAGAGCAAAACAAAAACAUUGCUAAACGCGAGCUCGCAGUGUUUCCUGGCAUUCGAGACAGACGGUCGGUUGCUCGGGCUUAGCGAGUGUCAGCAUCGGACAGCAUCCAUGGAUAGGAUGGAAUCCGAGGACAGUCCGGUGGAGUUUUUGGUGGAAUCCUUAUCACCGACUGCUUCCGAACUCGGAUCUAUGUCCGAUUCUCCAGUCAGAUCUCAGCCAAGACAGAAGAAAAAGAAGAGUGGACUGUCCUUCAAGAAGAUAAGAAAUAAUGCGCAAAAGUUAAUGCCAGGACGUAAGAAAAGCGAUGAAGCGGGACAUAGUGGGGAAGGUCUGCCUCCGUCUCCUCCGUCAACUCCGGCGACGGACGAGAUGAAAUCAACCGAAAGCCUGCCGGCCAUCAAUGAGGAGCAAUCUGCACUGCAAGCCACCAAAUCUAGUGAUGAAAUUUCUGGUGUAAAGAAAGGCAAAAAGAUCGCCAAAGCCAACCGGGCAGCAAGUUUCGUGAAAAAGCUUGCCGGCCGAAAGGGCAAGGUGGCUCCCAAUCCUACCGGCGGCAGCGCAAUGGAGGACGAUGUUUCCGCGUCGACCGCCGAGACUCCGCUUAGUAUCAAGCGGCGAACCCCGGAGGGAGCCAAUUUGAGCGUCUCCGAGACCAGUUUAAACGAGGCUGACAAACCGAGUGACACUUUCAAAAUCGAACAACUCGAUAGUGAGCCGAAAGUAAUUCGAACAAUUACACCGAAAAAGACAGAAAUGAAAAUCACGCUGGUCAACAAACAAUCGCUGGCAGCAGAAGGCGAACGGAGUCCUAGGGCUUCUUCCGCUGCCACCGGUAUUCAGUUACCCGAGAGGUCGGUUGCAGUCGUUAAAUCGUCGUCGUCGGCGUUGCACUCGUCGUCAUCGCCAAGCGUCGGUGAUAGCGCAAAACCAACUUCAGUCGCCAGUGUUGGUGGGUCGAAGACGGUCGCACUCAGUCCUGUCGCUCCGAGUUCGAGUACUAAGCCAAUUAGUCGUCCUGUAAGUCGUUCACCGCGUGUAUUAACGACAGCCAUUGAGGCCAACAUAGCCAUUUCAUCGAACAAACAGAUUAUCGAACCCAGCCAAGCCGUUAAAAGUGUCGAACCCUCUGAAGUAACUCUACCGGAAACGACGGAAUCUGAUAACGCAGUAGAAACGCUGGAAGUUCAUGACAACGCUGUCAAAGCUCAACCUACGCAAGACAUCAAAGCCGCGGAUAAAUUGAAAAACUUUUUUAUGAAGAAGGAAGCCCAGAAAAAGUCCGCCUCCACCACCACCGCCGCCACCGUCGCCGUUACCAUCCCGGAAGAAGUCGCAACAUCCUCGACGUCGUCAACGUCAUCGUCAAAACCGGCCGAACCCAAAGUUACUACCGUUCGAACACAGGAAGCAGCCAAGCCCUACCAGUUAGGGAACAACCUUAAAAAUCCCAAUCUAUCCGGCUUCAAAGCAAGUGAAGCGGAAGAAAAGUCACCCACGACACCUGGAAGCCCCCCACCAGACGCACCGGGUCAGGAUGCAAUAGUGUUCAAUAUCGGUAGCCAGGUUCGGCCGGAUCGUACGUCCAGUGCUAAGCAGCAAUCGACACUUCUCGCUCCGUUGGUUCCGAUCGAUUCGGUCCCCGGUACUAGUGCGGGCUACCCAACCGGCUACGGUGCCAGUCAGCAGAAGUCACUCGAGGAGUACAAUUCGCUGGAAGGACGCGGCUCACUGGACGACGGUCAGCUGAGUGAAAAUUCGCGCCGAAGGAUUGCGUACGUUGCGCAUCCGACGCUGUUCACCCCGGAAGAGGAAGAGCUGGUAAGCGGCCGGCCAUCGUUGCUGCAGUCCGGUGAAUACUCGCUGGAAUCGGCUGAUUUUCUCGAGUCCAAGAUGCCACCGCACGGGGAUCUGCUGCUGGAGAAGACCGACAACGGGGCAAAUAUGUCAACGGCGCCGUCCGAAAAGCGGGAGCAUCUAUACAAAAUCCUGGUGAUUGGCGAGUUGGGCACCGGAAAAACGUCCUUCAUCAAACGCUACGUACAUCAGUUCUUCAGUCAAAAUUACCGCGCGACUAUCGGGGUGGAUUUCGCGCUGAAAGUACUGAACUGGGAUCAAAACACCAUCAUCCGGUUGCAGCUGUGGGACAUCGCUGGUCAGGAACGAUUUGGCAAUAUGACUCGAGUUUACUACAAGGAAGCCGUCGGAGCGUUCAUCGUGUUCGAUGUGACGCGAAGCGCCACCUUCGAUGCGGUCAUCAAGUGGAAGCUGGAUCUGGACUCGAAAGUGCAACUGCCAGACGGAAAACCGAUUCCGUGUAUAUUGUUGGCAAAUAAAAGCGAUCAACAGAAGCAAGGUAUUGUCCUGACGCCGGCCAAACUGGAUGAGUACGUGCAUGAGAACGGCUUUGCCGGUUGGUUCGAAACGUCCGCCAAGGAAAACGUCAAUAUUGAAGAAGCUGCCAAAUCUUUAGUCAAUAAGAUCCUGACAAAUGACAGGCAGAUAAACACGGGAGAGAUUGUGGAUUCGGAACGGUUCGCCCUGGCCGGCGGCCGGACGGAUUCUAGUCCGAAAAAAAAUUGUGCCUGCUGACCGUAUGCCGCCCCAUAUGUUUCAGUGUCUUUACUCGAUAUUUUAUGUUAUUGAUUAUUUUAUACGUCUAUAUAAUAUAUACAAAACAAAAAGCCCGCAUUAGAGGAAAAUCGAAGAAGCUGCAAAACAAGUAGGUAUAUAAAAAUAUAUUUCGUUAAACGUUUUUAACGUGGUGUCAUGCGAGUAAAAAAAAAAACAAAAUACCAAAAAAAUUGCAACCUUCGAAAUCACAAAAAAGAGGGUCACAGAUGCCAGCAUGUAUUCUAAAUGAACGAAAAAAAAGAUGCAAACAAAACCCCAUCAAUCAGUCCAAUGAUACUUAACCGUCUGCUUUUUACUGGUAAUUGUUGCUAAAGAAAAUGUCUGUACAAUAAAGAUAAGUAUGUUGGAUAUGG